AUGGCGGGUGAGACUGAUUGUGUUGGUGAAGAACAUACUGAUGAUGAUGAUAAUCUACUGAUUUCUAUUCAUGUUAUUAGUGGAUCGGUUUCUAAAGGAUUUAGAACUAUGAGAAUCAUUGGAAAAGUCAAAUCAGUGAUGGUAGAUGUGGCUGAUGGGAAUAGAUUGAAAUGUGAUUCUGUGCAAGGGCUUGAAAUGGAUGGCAUGAGCAAAGGGUAUGAGGUUUGUCAGUUUGUGGAGUAUCAUAAUCACUUAAUGGUUGCGGAUGAGCAUAGGCAUUUUAUGACGGCCAAUCGCAGUCUGGAUCCUAUCCAUCGGAGGUUUAUGGAGGAUUGUGGCAGGUAUUGCAUGAUUUUUGCUCCAUUCACUGGAAAAGAUAACCAUUCCAGAGCAGUUACAUUUGGAGCUGGAUUGUUAUCAAGUGAAGGUAGAGACUCAUAUGCUUGGUUGUUUGGCUGUUUUGUUCGAUGUAUGGGGGUAGCACCCAAAUUGAUUAUCACUGAUCAAGAUUGGGGGAUGAAACUUGUUGUUCAACAAGUACUUUUACAAACAAGGCACCGAUGGUGCAUGUGGCAUAUUAUGGUUAAGGUGUCAGAUAAGUUGCCCAAAUCCUUGCUUGGUAAUGAAGAUUUCAAAAAAGAGUUGAAUGCAUGUGUUUGGUCUGAUUUGUUACAGCCUGAUGAGUUUGAUAUAAUAUGGAAUGAUAUUAUGGAACGGUAUGGAUUAGAAGACGUCCACUGGUUUGGAUCGAUGUUUGAAGAUAGAGAAUUCUGGGUUCCUGCUUAUUUUCAAGAUUUUCCCAUGAGGUCGCUUCUUAGGACUACAUCAAUGUCUGAAUCAGAGAAUAGCUUUUUUAAAAACUACACAAAGCCUCGUGCAAAUCUUGUACAGUUCAUCAAUUUCUUUAACUAUGCUGUGGGAGAUCAAAGGAAUGUCAAUUCACGAUUGAACUACUUGGAUUACUCAACUAUUCCUGAUUUGUCAACCCAAUUGCCUAUUGAGAAGCAUGCAUCUACAAUCUACACUGAUUCUAUUUUCAAACAUGUACAACAGGAAAUAAGUAUGGUAUGUGAGAUUGUUUCGAUAACUGUUGAGGAUAACAUCAAGAUGCAUAAGGCCAAUGACCAAUAUGAUAGAACAUGGGAUGUUAAGUAUGAUUGUAAACAAGACACAUUCGACUGUAGUUGUAAGAAGUUUUCCAGAAUUGUCAGAUAA